UUCAAAAGUCGCUGAGAGUUGUUUCAAAACCCUGUGCGUAGAAUUAGGAGUGGUCGCGCCGGCGAUAAACCCUGCCGCCGGAGCUCUUCCAAUGCAAGUCAUAAGCUGUAAUCCGCGGCUCUUCAGCCUAAUCAACCGCUCAACGCAGCAUUUCAAUCUGCGUCCGUUUUCCUCCUCUUCAUCAUCCUCAGCCUAUUCCAGCCAGUCACGCGGCGGACUUCCUCGAUUCUUCUCCGAAACCUUACCUACCACCAAGGGUGGUGUUGUGAGAGUGAAAGGCGACGAGUUCUGGCACAUGAACAAAGUGCUAAGACUAGGAAUCGAUGAUAGGGUAGAGCUAUUUAAUGGAAAGGGCGGUCUCGUUGAGGGGCGCAUAGAGAGUAUUGAUCGUUCUGGGGUGGAUUUUGAAGCAGUGGAGAACCCAAAAUUAGUUUCUCCACCAACCACUCAGUGGCACGUUUUCGCUGCGUUUAGCACUCUCAAGGGAGGGAGAGCUGAUUGGCUAGUGGAGAAAUGCACUGAACUUGGAGCAUCCAGUGUGACACCGUUGCUGACUGUACGUUCUCAGUCAAUAUCAGAAAACAGGGCUGACAGACUGCAGCGAGUUGUAUUGGCAGCUGCUAAGCAUGUAAUAUACUAUGAUGCUGCUUUCUUUCUGCAUUGUCAACGAUUACAUGAAAUGAUUUUGAAGCCUCCAAUUGCAGUUGGUGAACUCCUACCUGUUGUAGCUAAUUCAAGAUUAGCAUUUUUGGCUGCAGCAGAGGCUACUCCCGUUUUUAAUGCGUUAAGCUCUUUAAACAAAGAACCUAAUGGAAUCAUUAUAAUUGGCCCUGAAGGAGACUUCACCGAAGAGGAAAUGAACUCGUUAAGGGAGGCUGGAGCAAUUGCUGUUGGUCUGGGCCCACAUCGCUUGCGUGUUGAAACUGCUACAAUGGCUCUCCUUUCUACUGUGAUGCUAUGGUCCGACUGCCAGGAAUUCGCAAGCAAUUAAUUGCACUUCAGCACCGACUGCCGUUUUCCUCACUCUCACCUAAAAUUACGAUCCAAUCAUCGGCGUUGCGCUAAUCGGAGACGAAAUAACGCGGCGGAUUUUCAAUCCGAUCGAUUCGCGGAAGGAGGAGGUUCGCUUCGGUGUGAGAAAUGGCGAAUCAGUUGGGGAAUUUGGUGGAGGUGAUAAGAUCGAAGGUCCGAUCGCUGAAGA